AUGAAAGUCAAAGCCGACAGAGAUGAAUCCUCCCCAUACGCUGCUAUGUUGGCUGCCCAAGAUGUUGCUGCUAAAUGUAAAGAAGUCGGUAUCACUGCCGUUCACAUUAAAUUGAGAGCUACUGGUGGUACUAAAACCAAAACCCCAGGUCCAGGUGGUCAAUCCGCUUUAAGAGCUUUGGCCAGAUCUGGUUUGAGAAUUGGUAGAAUUGAAGAUGUUACUCCAGUUCCAUCUGAUUCUACUAGAAGAAAGGGUGGUAGAAGAGGUAGAAGAUUGUGA